GAGUGUUUGUUUCAUCUGGGAGCAAGUGAGAAAUGGAUCAAAUCGUACUUGCAUAGCGAAAAUAGGCCGCGAAAAAUAUGUCCGCGUGUAUCCAACUAUGGUCGUGAAUUCUGAUGGCUCAACUUAUACAAUUAGAUACCAUGAGCCCAGAAAAAUUAUUAAAUUGCCAAUGGAUACAAGUAAGUUAACAGCUGAAGAAUUGCAUAUACAUUUAAAUAGAAGAAAGGGAAUAAAGAAAGUAGUUAUAGAGGAACAAUUUGAAGAUGACUUUGAUAUAAACCGGUACAGCCAUUUAUGGAAAGAUAAAUCAACAGAAAACAAAUAAGACCUGUAGUUGUAGCUAUAUUAUAAAUAAACUAUUUUAGAUCA